AACUGACAUUACCUGCUUGCACUGUCGAUGGACGCCUAGCCGUGACCUGCUGGACGCUUGUAGCUGAGUUCCAAAGGAACAGCUUCAAUAAUGGGCUUCUUGCAGAGGACGGCAAAGCUAUCCGCAAGGGCUGUGCGAGCAGGGCUCACUCCAAGCCUUGUGUCCUACUUCUUUUGGAUUGGUGGCAUAACCAGUAUAUUUGGAGCGUGGACCUUUAUCUCGUACACUCCCAUCGAGGAGUUUCUUUGCAACAUUCCCGGCGAGGUGAACAUCACCAAUGGCUGGACAGUUGGAUGCGGAAACUGCUCUGACACGCUAAUGUUGUGCGACAAGUCCGACUGCUGGAGACAUGCAUUCAAUCUUUCCUGGCAAUUGGAUGCCGCAACACCAAACGGCCAGUACUACGAUGCAUUCCAAGAGGCAGCACUCGACUCAACUUGCAAUUCCCUGGCAAUGUCAGCGGAUUCUCCUGUUGGCAUGCUCAGCAAUAUCCUCGAUAGAAGGCUGAACACAGGAAAGCCGCAGGUGAGCGAAUCCUGUGUGACCUGGAACUGCAGAGUUCUAGCUCGGGCCUUCAUGCGAAGCCUCGGGUCACAUCUGACAGGGCCCGGGACCUGCACCAAUGAGAAUCCGAGCGUGAAGUCACCCUGGCAGGCCAGCGAGUGCACCUGCGAUGCCAUCCCGGUUGCCAUGGCACAGGCGACAUCGUUUAGAACGCUCUGCGGCUCGAUGGCCACAGGUUUGCGCAAUGCGGUCUACCAGCGGCAUCUGUCCAACAAGGAUGCGUGCUUCCAAGGUUCCAUGGCAGCAUCAGCAACUGCCCAUCCAAUCGAACUUGGAGCAUUCUCAGUGGACACAAAUUGCGAGUCUGUGUUCGAAUCCUCUUUGUCAACUAUGGGCUGGUUUGCAAACAAAAACUACAUUCUAGCCAACAUCCCCGUCCCUACAGAUUUCCCAAUCCAGUCAGCGUGCAGAAAAGUCAUGUGCACUGCCUUUGUCGCGACAUUAUCACUUCCAGAGCCUUUGGCGAGUUUGAAAGGAAGCAACGACAAUGGCAUGUGGCCCAGCUUGCAUCACUCACUCAGAACACCUAAAUUCAACGUUUUCAGGGUCAUGCAGCCUUUGCAAUCAUGGGAUGCUGAGGAAUGCAACUUUACCACAAAUACGCAACUCAACACCGACACGACCUCGACUGUGCUCACCGCCAUUGCAGCGGAGUGUCAGAAUGAGGGCCUCACCCUCACACCUCAGAGCAUGUGUGCUGAGCCAUCCUUUAAUGAGUCCGCGUACUGCGAUUCACUGGCUGGUGGCAGGCGCCUGGACGAUGGGACGGACACAGAGUCGUUGCCCAGCCUGGAGUUGGAGCUUUUGCGGCAGGCCGUGCAGGAUGAAUCAGCAGAUAGAAAAAGAAACUUGACAGAGGUGCAGGAACGUGCGGAAGCUGACCAUUUCAGACGGCCUCCUUCACAUCCAGUUCAAGCAGUAGUUGGAUUUGAUGGAGUGGAGGUAUUUGCAUCUGAGACGGAUGAUGACCUGCGAGAGUGUGGAGGCAACUUCUGCAGUUCUGAGAGAAGGCUUCAGACAGUCGUCGCCACACCAGCUCCCCCCCCACUGCAGGAGUACACGACCACGCCAUGGUCCACCUGCACCUGCUACAUGCAGUGCGUUCCUGGGGUAAGAACGCGAAGCGUCUCUUGUCCAGCGGGAGUAACCUGUCAGGAGCCCAAACCAUCUGCAGCGCAAUCUUGCGUAUGCAAGCACUGCUCUGAUUGCGACAUUCUGCUGUUCGUGCUGGCGACGGCCGGUGCGUACCUCUUCACUGGGGUGGUGUCCUUCCUGCUUUGGCUCGGCUUCGUAGCCGUAGCGCAGCUAGAGGAGGAUGACUACACAGAAAUGUCCAUUGGCCUGAAGUGUCUGGGAUGCUUCUGCAAGUUUCUCCCAAUCAUCACAAAGUUGAUGACGUACAUCACGAUGCUCCUCAUCAUUUUGCUCGUGGUUACAGCGCUAGUGCCGAUUGGCGAGCCCUUCUCUGACUGCAAAGGAAAUCAGACACUGACAGUGCUGGCCAUUGGCGGUGUGCUUGUUUGGUUAGUGCAGCUUCUGGUCGGCGUGUACAUGCAUCGGUUCAAGCCAAUGCCUCCUUGGCUCCAUUCUGCAUCCUCCGGCGCAAUGAAAUUCCUCUUGAAGCCACUGAAUGCAGUCGGACCCUAAAUUC